AUGGGCGAGACGUCUGUCCAUCCUUUCCCUAACAAUGAUGGUGCAAUUGAAAUUUCAAGGACACUGAGAGAGGUUCCACCAGGUGAUUACCUAUUUCAAAUCAAAUCGUUCUCAUUGCUUUCCAAGGCAGAAGAGAAAAGAUUUGACUCGAGUGACUUUGAAUCAGGUGGUUACAAAUGGAAAUUGUGUCUAUAUCCGACUGGAUAUGAGAAGGAAAAUGGGAAAGGGCAUAUCUCUCUCUACUUAGCAAUAUCAGAGGCAGAUACAUUACCUCUUGGUUGGGAGGUUAAUGUCGAAUUCAAAUUGUUUGUGUAUGAUCAUAUCCGAGACAAGUACUUGACCCUCCAAAAUGCUGAUGGGAGACUAAGACAUUUCCACAGGUUUAAGACGGAGUUCGGUUUUGCCAAAUUACUUUCCCUUGACACUUUCAAAGAUGCUUCUAACGGAUACCUUAUUGAUGACUCCUGUGUGUUUGGGGCCGAGGUUUAUGUCAUUAAAUCUACUGGCAGAGGAGAGUGUCUUUCUUUGAAGGAGGAAACUUAUUUCAAUAGUUACGCUUGGGAGAUCAAAAAAAUUUCUGAGAGAAAAGAGAAGCGUUUGUUCUCUGAACCUUUCACCAUUGGAAAGCACAAAUGGAAGAUACUUGUUUAUCCCGAAGGACAUGGCAGUGGAAAGGGCAAAAGCUUAUCUGUCUUUCUAUGUUUAGAUAAUUGCGGAUCCCUUCCAACCAAGGUAAAAUUGUAUGUGGAAUUUAGCGUCUUGGUAAAAGACCAAGUCAAUGGCAACCACUGCGAAAUGAAAGGUGGUUACUGGUUCUGUGACCUAAGCAAAAGCUGGGGUUUUGAUCUAAUUUCUCUUCCUGAUCUGCAUGACGAAUCGAAGGGGUUCGUAGUACUAGAUAGUCUGGUUGUUGAAGUGUAUAUUCACGUGAUGUCUGAUGUGAAAGAGUUCUCCUCCAAAAUGCCUGCUUUAUAA